AUGGAGAAGACUUACGUGUCCAUGUUCCUGCUGCUUGUUGCCAUCUCCUGUGCUCUGGCAAAGGAUGUGGGCAAGAAGGAGACUACUGCUAAACCGAAACUGCCUCAGACACUCUCCAGAGCCGCGGGCGGGACGCGAACCCACGAGGAGGCCCUCUUCCGCUCCAAGCACAGCAACAAACCCCUGAUGAUUAUCCACCACUUGGACGACUGCCCGCACAGCCAAGCCCUCAAGAAGGUCUUCGCUGAACACAAAGAGAUACAGAAAUUGGCUGAAAAUUUCAUUCUCCUGAACCUUGUGUAUGAAACCACAGACAAGAAUCUUUCACCUGAUGGCCAGUACGUCCCUCGGAUUUUGUUCAUAGAUCCUUCCCUGACUGUGAGAGCAGAUAUUACUGGAAGAUACUCAAACCGCCUCUACGCAUAUGAGCCCUCUGACAUCUCAUUGUUGUAUUCAAACAUGCAGAAAGCGCUGAAGCUCCUGAAGACUGAACUGUAAGGGGAGGAAGGAAGCCCUUAAAUACUAUGAAGUCUGAUCUGCCACCUCUUCUCCACUCAUUGAAACUGGUGAAGAGACUGUUUAGAGUGGUAUCUAGUGAUGUGUAGUGCUGGUUUAUAUACACAAACACUACAGUUUUACAUUAGCACUUUUGUACUGGGCAGCAUUUUUAAAAGCUGGAAGCUUUUAAUUUAAGGCGUAACGAAGAAUACUGUAUGAUCCAACUGUAAAAAUGAUUUUUUAAAAAAUAAAUCCAUUUCAAGUGUUUACAUACAAAA